UCCUUGGAAAAUCUCCACCGUCCAUUGAUCGAAUCGUCGAAGUCGUUCAUCGAUUAUCGGCUCGAGACUGUGUUAACCGACCGAGAACUGCCGUAUCUCCGCCGGAUUUACCUGGCGAUGAUGAUAGAGAUGAAGUUCCUCUUCCACCUUGCGGCUCCGGCAAUCUUCGUCUACGUCAUCAACAACGGCAUGUCGAUCCUCACUCGUAUCUUCGCCGGCCACGUCGGUAGCUCUGAACUCGCCGCCGCUUCACUCGGAAACAGUGGAUUCAACAUGUUCACCUACGGGCUUCUGCUUGGAAUGGGAAGUGCGGUGGAGACGUUGUGUGGACAAGCGCAUGGAGCUCAUCGUUACGAGAUGCUCGGAGUUUACCUCCAGAGAUCGACGGUGGUUCUGAUCAUAACCUGUCUUCCGAUGUCGCUUCUCUUCAUCUUCUCGAAUCCGCUCCUGAACACGCUCGGCGAGCCGGAGCAAGUCGCAUCAAUGGCUUCACUGUUCGUCUACGGUAUGAUCCCGGUGAUAUUCGCCUACGCAGUCAAUUUCCCGAUCCAGAAGUUCCUCCAGUCGCAGAGCAUCGUGACGCCGAGCGCUUACAUCUCCGCCGCGACUCUCGUCAUCCACCUCGUCCUCUCAUGGGUCGCCGUGUACCGCCUAGGUUUUGGUCUACUGGCUUUGUCCCUGAUCCAUAGUUUGUCGUGGUGGAUCAUCGUCGUGGCUCAGAUCGUUUACAUUAAGAUGAGCCCGAGAUGUCGCCGGAGCUGGGACGGCUUCAGCUGGAAAGCUUUCGAAGGUCUCUGGGACUUUUUCCGAUUAUCGGCGGCUUCCGCCGUCAUGCUUUGCCUCGAAUCGUGGUACUCUCAGAUUCUGGUUUUACUCGCCGGACUUCUCAAAAACCCUGAGCUUGCUUUGGAUUCUCUCGCUAUCUGCAUGUCAAUUUCUGCAAUCUCCUUCAUGGUCUCCGUUGGAUUCAACGCAGCUGCAAGUGUGAGAGUAAGCAAUGAACUAGGAGCCGGAAACCCAAGGGCUGCUGCAUUUUCCACAGUCAUCACAACCGGAGUCUCAUUCUUACUAGCAGUUUUCGAAGCCAUCGUGGUCUUAUCGUGGCGGCAUGUCAUCAGCUAUGCAUUUACAGAUAGUCCUGCAGUAGCUGAGGCUGUUGCGGAUUUAUCUCCUUUUUUAGCCAUCACUAUUGUCCUCAAUGGAAUUCAGCCUGUUUUAUCUGGUGUGGCUGUUGGAUGUGGAUGGCAAGCGUUUGUGGCGUACGUUAACAUUGGAUGUUACUACAUUGUGGGAAUUCCGAUUGGUUUCGUCCUUGGUUUCACCUAUGAUAUGGGUGCAAAGGGAAUAUGGACAGGGAUGAUUGGUGGCACUUUAAUGCAAACUAUAAUCUUAGUGAUUGUCACCUUCCGAACUGAUUGGGAUAAAGAGGUGGAGAAAGCUUCGAGCCGAUUGGACCAGUGGGAAGAGAGCCGUGAGCCGCUUCUGAAGCAA